AUGGGGUCAUUGCUCGAGCUUUCUGCUCCCUCGGUCUUCGUCGUCUGCUGCUUCCUCCGUCUUCGGUUCAGUGAUACAGAGCUCCAUCUCCCUCUUCACCGCCUCACUCUUCAAGGGUGCAGGGUUUCGCCGUGUACUCCUUCAGGAAAAUCAUCUGACGAGCAAGGCUUUCAACUGAGGUGCGUCAUCCUUCAUUUUUCCGGCUUACAAGCGCGCCCUCAAAAUAUUGUUUGUGCGCGUGCAGGUGUGGUGUUUUUAUGUUGUGGUGGAGUUAUUUCGAAAUUGUCGGGCAAAGAUAAGCGCCGGAAGAAGGAAUAAAAAGAACUUGGAAGGCUUUGUACGCAGCUCUUGCAGCGGCAACUCUAUAUUCCGCUCUCCUCGUCACGCUAGCUAAACAUUAACCGUUCGAGUGCACCGGAGGCUGUGUUUGACUCUUCCUUGGGUGAUGAAGGCAUUGUUCCAGCCAUCUGAUAUAUGCAUACAAUCUGGGCUUAUUCUGCAUGGUAGCUUGAGUGUCGUGGUGGUGGAGUUAAGGUGUGAUAGCCAGAUAAUAGUCUUCGUUUUCAUGUUCCCCCUGGUGGUAUCAGCUAAGUAAGUUGUGCUGGGGGUCUGCGAAUCCUUCAAACCCACAUCAGGAGCGCGUCACCCCCUUGGCGAUGAUUUACUUUUCCGACAGCGCCAAGAUUUGCUCUUCUGAGUGUUUACACGGCAUUGGUCCUUCGACACUGCACACUUCUGUGGCUGAUUUGUAAGCGUACGUACGCAGCUGUGCCCACUCUCAAACUCUUCAAACGUGCUCUCUCUCUUCACUGUUAUGACAGCGCUUCCGGGCUGCUGCAUACCAGAGAGAUUGAAGGCCGUGGCCAACCUCUUUCCAACAAGAUCUACACUUUUUCCCCGUGAAAAGCUUCAGCCUGCGCGGUAAGCUGGGACAGUGAGCUGUCCCUUGUGAUCACUCUUUUCUGUCAAGCUUCAAUCUAUCGACGUUUACCUGUGGAUACUUCGCUCCUAUCCACAUGCACCUGUGCAGUGAGGUCCAGGUCGCGGAAGUACAACGCUAAGCCGUCGAGUCUGUCGGUUCACAUUACUAUUUGAGGUCAGCCAACUUCCUCCCUCGUCUCGUGUUCCGUAGUCCCUGAGUUCCUCUGUUGGAACAAGCCAAACCCCAUUGGAUGUUGUCGAACCUUUUAGGACUGUGCCUGCCUCUCUUCUGUCCUGUCCAUUCUUUUAUAUGACACUUAUUUCUGCACUGUCAACCUCUGAAUUCUUCUCCGAGUUGAUCAGUUUAUGCCGACGCUCAACUACAAUGAUUUCCCUAAUCUGUUGUUUCAAGCAGUCAAUGACAGUGGUCUAGCGUGGCAUGUGAGGUUGUAGAAUUGCCAGCUUUUGUGUGCCCAGGAGUUAGUGGGGUUGUACUUCAUGUCGUAGUCUUCGUUAUAUGAACUUGUAACUUCUGGCUAGGUUUAUGGAGCUCAAAGUAUGUGCAUGAGAGGUCUUGGUUUAGAGAGUAUGAUAAUGAUGAAUAGUAGAAAAUUAUUGUAUGAUUUUUAGUGCAAUUUGUAGGAUUGAAUAUCCUUCUCACAAAUACUUGAAGUAUUUAGAAUUAUGAGUUUUAAUAUAUUAGAAAAGUGGAUUUUGAACAUCAUUGAAUAGGUAUGGUACUUUGACAUAUUUGAGGAUGAAGGUUUGGAUCUAAUCAAAAUAUGCAUUGAUGUAAGAUGUACAAAUCUUGAUUCUUUUGUUUGUCAUGUUUAGGUGUCUUGAUUGUGCAAUUAAAGGAUUAGACUUGAAUAUUUACAAGUGAUCUACUAUGGCCAAUUGUGCAUUUGGUUGUAUGCAAGGACUUACAUCUUCAUCAAGAAAAGAAGACAAGAAGGUGCAAAGUAUUUAUUUGCAAUGUGAAACCUUGAUGAAAAGAAUGGAGGAUUUAUUGACGAUAAAAUACAUGUUGAAUAGAAACCAAUGUACUAAUUUGUACAUGCAACUUGUCCAAGUGAUGAAAGUAUUUGACAAAGUAUUGACUUAUGAAGACAACAUUGGAAAGAUAUGGCUCAUAUUUGUUGAGUUGCAUGUUGUGGUGAAAAAAAGUUUUUUAUUAUUAGAAAAUUGUGGAGAUAAAAAAUGGUGUGAAGCAACUAUCUUUCAAAUGAAGAACAAAGAAAGUUUUAGAGAAAUCCUUUUAGAUUUGGUUCUUUGUUGCAAUGCGGGAAGUAAAGUCAUGACAAUGCACUAUUCUAAAGAAUUUGAAGGCAUUGCACGUAUUAUGUGUAAUUUUAUAUUUGAUAAAGUUGAAGAAGAUGAUGCAAGUCUCUACAAGAGGUUGGUUGAUGGAAGCCAAGAUGAUUGUUUUGAAGAAUGUGGAUUAAUUAAAUAUUUGUUGCAAAGAUGGAAAGACUUGGGUCGCAUUGAAGGUGGAGAUUUGGAUGCUUUGGAGCUUUCAAACAAUAUUGAAAGCUUAAAAAUUGGUGAUUGCAUAGGUGAAGGUGCAAAUGGAGUUGUUUAUAGAUCGAGGUGGUUUGGAAUAUUGAGUGCCACAAAGAAAAUAGUUGGUAUCUUCAAAGAAGAUGUUCCUAUUGAAGUGGGAAUUUUAGCAGCUCUAAGCCAUCCCAACCUUGUGAAGUAUUUUUUUGCUGCAAAAGUGGACACUAACAAAUUUGGUGAGAGGUGCUCUAUGGAGGGGAGAAAUGAAACUUUGUAUUUAGUGACAGAAUUGAUGGACAUGAGUUUGGUUGAUAUGUUGAAAAAAAAAAAAUCAAUGGCAUUUGGAUUUCUCAUUGAUAUUAUGUAUCAAGUUGCAAAAGGAAUGUGUUAUUUGCAUGACAUGCAAAUUGCACAUCGGGAUCUCAAGCCAGACAACAUACUUGUGAACUUUAAAAUGGAGGAAGUCAAGAACAAUGGUGAAGAAUGGGUAUUUGUCAAAAUAAGUGAUUUUGGGACCUCUAAAAGCAAUGUUGGAAGGACUCCAAAAAGUAAAAGUUGUGACUUUAUUUAUGGCACACCAAGGUAUAUGGCUCCAGAAGUAUUUGAGAAUGAAGAUAAGGCAAUGAAAACAUGUGCUUUUGAAGCAGAUGUAUUUUCAUUUGCAAUGACAUGUUCAGAGAUUCUUUCAAGAAAAAAACCAUUUUCUAAUAUUCAUAAACAAAAAGAGUUAUGGAAAAAGAUAAAAGAAGGAGAAAGACCAGAGUUACCUUCAAAUUGUGAUGAGUUGAUUGAGUUGAUUGAAGAAUGUUGGAGUUUGAAUCCUUCACAACGUCCAAAGUUUGGAGAUAUUUGUGAAAGACUUGCAAGUUUGAAGACAAAGUUUUUGAUUGGAUUUUAUAAAGAUAAUGGUCCUUUAUUUAGUGGUUCAAAGAGGAAAUAUGACCAAAUUAUGAGAAAGAAAGAAACACGUAGUGAUGAUGAAAUGGUUUGUUUGCAAGAAGAUCAGCUACUAGGCAGACAAGAAUACUCAAACAAGUUGUUAGAGCUAUGCAAAAAUGGUGUGAAAGCAAUAUGUCUUAUUGGCAUGGGUGGAAUAGGCAAGACAACAAUGGCAAAGUUUAUGUAUAAUGAUGUGAAGGGUAUGUAUGAUGCCUCAUGCUUUGUUGAAAACAUGCAACGUAGUGAGAAUAGCUACACCAUUUGUUGCUACAUUUUGAAAGAACUCAAGGUUAAUCAAAUACCAGAGACUUUAGAAGAUGCUCAAGUGUUAUUGAAAUCACACUUGAGGUCAAAGAAAACCAUCUUGGUGUUUGAUGAUGUGAAAGAGCAAAGUAAAAUUAGAGACAUUGUGCCUAUGGAUGAGUUUUGUACAAGUAAUGGAAGCACUUUGAUUGUAACUACACGAAGUUGGAAUUGCAUGAAAGAUUGUUCUAUAAAGACUCAUAGAGUGGAUAUUGCAGAACUUGAAGAAGGUGCAAGUUUAGAGUUAUUUAUUAGUUAUUCUCAUGGAAAGCAAGUUGAAUUGCCAAGAGAACUUGAUGAUGUAGGUAAAAAGAUUGUAAAAGCUUGUAAUGGCCUACCUUUGAGUUUGAAAGUUAUGGGAGCAUUUUUGAGAGGACAAAAGAGAGUACGAUGUUGGGAGCGAGCUUUACAAAGGUUAAAAAGAGCAAGAAAUGUGGAUGGAGAUGAAGAAAAUAGUGACCAUAAGAUUUGGACAAUAUUGAGGAUAAGCUUUGACCAAUUAAAAGUUAAAGAAAAAGACAUAUUUUUAGACAUUUGUUGUUUCUUUACUAGUGAUGUAUAUCCACAUGGGAUGUCAAAAGAAAGAGCAUUGCGAAUAUGGACAAAUAAUGAGAAAUUGGGUUUGGAGCAAGAUGUGGAGGAUACAUUGGACACAUUGAUUAAUCAUUCUUUGGUGAAAAUAGAUGAAAAUAGAAUCAUAAGAAUGCAUGAUCAUUUACGAGACAUGGGUCGAAUGAUUGUUGAAACAAACAAUGCAUAUAAAGACACAAGAAUAUGGAAAAUGAGCAUGGUACAAACAAAUGGAUUCUCAACAAAGUUGGAAGGUUUAUGUUACAGCAAAAAAGAGAAUAUCAUGCAAAGUAACAUUGGAGAUGUGAAUUAUUCUUCAUUAAGACUAUUGAGCUAUACAAUUAAGGAAUAUAAAUUGAAAGAUUUUAUAUCGGUAUGGAAUACAUUAAUUAUAUUAUUGAAGCAAUCAUGUAAACUAAAAUCACUUAUGCUAUGUAUAGACUUUCCAAGAGCUAUGUCUAAUGACAUAGUGGGCAAUUUAUACUAUCAAAUCUUUGACAAAGAAGCUUUGGAAAAGUUGCAAAAUCUAACUGUUUUACAAUUAAAGAAUUGUAAGUUCAUAGAAACAUUUCCAAACUCAAUCUUUUUACCAAAUAUAUUAUUGGAACUUGAUUUAGAAGGUUGCUCGAAUUUAGAAACAUUACCAAAAAGUAUGCAUAACUUAACAUUAUUAAGGGUCUUGAACUUAAAAAGCUGUACAAAGUUAAAGACACUACCAAUCUCAAUAGGAAACUUGAUUUCUAUGCAAUGGUUAAGUAUUAAAGGAUGUGAUAGGUUGACAUCAUUGCCAAAGGAGUUGAACAACCUUAAAUCUUUGACAACAUUUGAUAUAAGUGGAUGCAUGAACUUGACAUCAUUGCCAAAGGAGUUGGGCAACCUUACAACUUUGACAUCAUUAUAUAUGAGUGGAUGUGCGAACUUGACAUCAUUGCCAAAGGAGUUGGGCAACCUUACAUCUUUGACAACAUUUGAUAUAGAAAGGUGUGAGAACUUGACAUCAUUGCCAAAGGAGUUGGGCAACCUUACAUCUUUGACAAAAUUUAAUAUGAGUCGUUGCAAGAACUUGACAUCAUUGCCAAAGGAGUUGGGCAACCUUACAACUUUGACAGUAUUAUAUAUGAGUGGGUGUGAGAACUUGACAUCAUUGCCAAAGGAGUUGGGCAACCUUACAACUUUGACAUCAUUAUAUAUAAGUGGGUGUGAGAACAUGACAUCAUUGCCAAAGGAGUUGGGCAACCUUACAUCUUUGACAACAUUUUAUAUGAAUCGUUGCAAGAACUUGACAUCAUUGCCAAAGGAGUUGGUCAACCUUACAUCUUUGACAUCAUUUCAUAUAAGUGGGUGUGAGAACUUGACAUCAUUGCCAAAGGAAUUAGGCAACCUUACAUCUUUGACAACAUUUGAUAUAGAAAGGUGUGAGAACUUGACAUCAUUACCAAAGGAGUUGGGCAACCUUACAUCUUUGACAAUAUUUAAUAUGAGUCGUUGCAAGAACUUAACAUCAUUGCCAGAGGAGUUGGGCAACCUUACAUCUUUGACAAAAUUUUAUAUUGAAAGGUGUGAGAACUUGACAUCAUUGCCAAAGGAGUUGGACAACAUUACAUCUUUGACAUUAUUAUGUAUGAGUGGGUGUGCGAACUUGACAUCAUUGCCAAAGGAGUUGGGCAACCUUACAUCUUUGAUAUCAUUAUAUAUGAGUGGGUGUGCGAACUUGACAUCAUUGCCAAAGGAGUUGGGCAACCUUACAUCUUUGAAAAUAUUUGAUAUGAGCUGGUGUGAGAACUUGACAUCAUUGCCAAAGGAGUUGGGCAACCUUACAUCUUUGACAUCAUUAUAUAUGAGUAGGUGUGCGAACUUGACAUCAUUGCCAAAGGAGUUGGGCAACCUUACAUCUUUGACAUCAUUUCAUAUAAGUGGGUGUGAGAACUUGACAUCAUUGCCAAAGGAGUUGGGCAACCUUACAUCUUUGACAUCAUUUAAUAUAAGUGGGUAUGAGAACUUGACAUCAUUGCCAAAGGAGUUGGACAACCUAACAUCUUUGACAUCAUUUUAUAUAGAAAGGUGUGAGAACUUGACAUCAUUGCCAAAGGUGUUGGGCAACCUUACAUCUUUGACAUCAUUUUAUAUAGAAAGGUGUGAGAACUUGACAUCAUUGCCAAAGGAGUUGGGCAACUUUACAUCUUUGACAACAUUUGAUAUGAUUCGUUGUAAGAACUUGACAUCAUUGCCAAAGGAGUUGGGCAACCUUACAUCUUUGACAAUAUUUGAUAUGAGUUGUUGCAAGAAUUUGACAUCAUUGCCAAAGGAUUCGCUAAUUUUAUUUCUGUGAUAAUCUAAGCUAUAAGUUAGUAGUAUAUCCUAACAUCCUUAUUAUAGGAGUUGGAUAAUCUUAUAUCUUUGAUAAUAUUUGAUUUAAGUUUGUAUUUUACAUUGACAUCAUUGGAAGUAGCAUAAAUAAUGUAAGGUAGCAUUUCUUUUGCAAUAUGCAUGAAAAUUUUGCACCUGCCAA